AUGCAGUUAAUAGCAUUUCUCCUAUCCGUUCUUUAUCUUUCCCAUGUAAACAGUGAAAACCUGCGGAGUGUAAGUGAUGAUGAAUUGUUGCAACUGAUAAAAGAGGAAGAAAAACUCCUCGUUUUAUUUCACAAACCAAACUGCAAAGAAUGUGAUAAACUAGAGAGCCUUGUUGAUAGUCUUCAAGAAGAUUUUGAAAAACAAUUGAAUGCCCUAUCAGUGAAAGUGAUUAACAGCCACUUGGCUCGUUUGUAUAGUCCUACUAAGGAACCGGCAAUUGUUUUCUUUAGACAUGGUGUACCUCUACUCUAUAAUGGAGAGGCAAAUGAAGGUGAGCUUUACGGAUAUUUAGAACAAAACCAAUCACCAUCAGUGAAGGAAUUGACAGAUAAAAUAUUUGAACACCUUACUCAGGCUGCUACUGGUGCUACAACAGGAGAUUGGUUUGUGAUGUUUUAUGGUGCAUCAUGCGUGGAAUGCCAAAGACUACAUGCUGUUUGGGAAGGUGUUGGAGCCACUUUACGUGGAAGAGUCAAUGUCGCUAGAAUGGAUUCUAAUUUAGCAGGUUCUCUUACGGCUAAGAGGUUUAAAGUUACCAAACUACCAGCAUUUCUCUUCUUCCGCUUGGGCAAAGUUUACCGUUAUGAUAUACCAAAAUAUGACAUCAAGUCCUUUGUAAUAUUUGCUCAAGACUGGUACAAAAAUGUUAAAGGAGAAGCUGUGCCACUCUUAUCGUCUCCAUUCGAUGAAAUUGUGGAUUGGUGUGUAGAAAUGAUCAAAUUUUCAAUCAAAGUUGGGCUAGAAAUACUGGUAAAUUAUCCAUGGAUCUGGCAAAUAGGAUUUGCUGGCUUUGGUCUAGUAGCCUUGACUGCGGUUAUAGCUCUCAUGAAAGCUAGAAAAUCUAAACCAACCAAAGAAGGUAAAAAAGAAAAGAAGAGAAAGUAA